AUGGCAGCAAAUAUGUCGACUCAGCUUUAUGCCUUUGAACAGAAUUUUAACGAUGUACACUGGGUACACUGGACUGAAGUUACCGGAGUUCCUAUCGCCAUAGCAGCGUCGGUAGUUUACGUGUUCGUAAUCUUCGGACUGCAACACUUCAUGGCGUCCCGAGAUCGCAAAGAACUUCGCAUUCCGUUGAUCGUCUGGAAUAUGUGCCUGGCUGCUUUCAGUAUUGUCGCACUCUUUCGAAUGCUGGUGAGUUUCCGAGGCGUGAUGUCGAGUGAAGAUGGAGGCUGGCACUAUGCUAUUUGCAGUAAGGAUCAUUUUAACAGCGAGAAAGUUAGUGGAUUGUGGUUGUUUCUCUUCACCCUGUCGAAACUCCCAGAACUUGGAGAUACCGUGUUUAUCGGCCUCCGCAAAUCUAACCUAAUCUUCCUUCACUGGUACCAUCACAUUCUCACUGUGUGCUAUACGUUCUGGGGGUAUGCUGACCGAAACAGCACGGCGUUUGUGUGUACUAUCAUGAAUCUGGCAGUCCACUCUCUCAUGUACAGUUACUACGCCCUCCGUGCUGCCCGAAUCAAAGUACCCAGAAUCGGGGCAAUGGCGAUAACCUCAAUGCAGUUACUUCAAAUGGUCGCUGGUACCUGGAUUUAUUACUACGUCUACAAAGUACACAGUCGUCAGGAGAAAUGUGGUAUUAGUGUAACACAGUGGCGAGUGGGGUUGCUGAUGUACGUUAGUUAUUUGAUUCUGUUUGCCAACUUUUUCUACCAGGUCUACGUUGCGAAGAAGCCACGCAAACCUCAAAUCAAGCGGGACUAA